AUGAUGCUCAUCCUGCUCCUUAUGUUCCUCGUCCUGCAGUAUUCCACCAAUGUCUACUCCUUUGACCGUUCUUACUGUGCUUCAAUGGCAAAACCCAGUGUGUACAAAGAUGGGGAAAUGGUGGUUGCUGCAUUUUUUCCACUUUCUACUAUUGUUUUAGAUUUCAUGACUGAGGAUCCAAGAAAUAUGACCUACUAUGUUCAGUAUAUCUGCAUCUACUCCCAUCUCCCAUGGAAGAAAGCUUUUGUGAUGAUGGCUGAUCAAGACACUGAUCUAAGAUUACAGUUAAAUGCAAAGAACUACCAGAUUGUUCUUGCGAUGGUUUUUGCCAUUGAGGAGAUCAACCAGAACCCCCACAUUUUACCCAAUGUGUCUCUGGGAUAUGACAUCUAUAAUGUCCUGUUCAAUGAAUGGUGGACAUUGGAUAGAUGCAUCACAUGGCUAUCAGGCCCAAAGAAGUAUGUAACUAAUUACACCUGUAGGAGAGAAAUGAAGUCUGUUGCAGUACUCACAGGAGUAUCAUCGAUAAUAUCUUCCAAUAUAGCGACACUGCUGGGACUCUACAAAUAUCCACAGCUGGCCAUUGGGUCUUUUGAUCUUAACCUGAACAAUCAUGACCAGUUUCCUGAUCUCUAUCAGAUGGCCUCCAAGGAUUUGUCUCUGGCCCAUGGCAUUGUCUCCUUGUUGAAUUAUUUCCACUGGAAUUGGGUGGGGCUGAUUGUGUCUGAAGGACAAAAAGGUGUUGAGAUCAUCUCAGACUUGGGGGCAGAAAUGGAUAGAAACAAAAUAUGUGUAGAUUUUGUGGAAAUGCUCCCAGUCACCGAAGUAUCCUUUUUAGCAAGCAGACAAUUGAAUCCUACUCGGCUUCUGAAGUCAUCAGCAAAUGUGAUCAUUGCCUAUGGUGACAGUGACUUUCUGAGAGGUUUCCUGUUUUAUUUAAAACAUACUUUAGUAACCAUGAAAGUCUGGAUCAUGAACUCAGAAUGGGAUAUUUUCCUCCAUUCAAAACAUUUCAUUUUGCAGUCAUUCCAUGGGAGCCUCAUUUUUGCACAUCACCACAAAGAAAUCUCUGGUUUCGGGAAUUUUAUGCAAUCAGUUCACCCUUCCAAAUACCCAGAAGAUUUUUACCUUAGGAAGUUCUGGUUCUACUUUUUUAACUGCUCAUUUGCUGACGAUGAUUGUAAUACACUGGAGAACUGUGCGCCUAAUGUUUCCUUGAAUGAAUCGCCUAAGAACUCUUUUGAUACGGUCAUGACUGAGUACGCUUACAACACAUACAAUGCUGUGUAUGCUGUGGCCCACAGCCUUCAUGAGAUUCUUCUUCAUCAAGCAGAAGUAAAACCAACAAGAAAGGCAGAAGACCUGAUGUUUCCAGCCUGGAAGCUGCACCCGUUUCUGAAGAACAUGCAGUUUAAUAAUCCUGCUGGAGAACAAGUGAAUUUGGAUGAGAAAAUGAAAUUGAAUGCUGACUAUGACAUUCUCAACUACUGGAACUUUCCAGAAGGUCUUGGACUUAAGGUGAAAGUUGGACAGUUUUCCCCGUAUGAUCCAUUUGGUCAACAGUUAUCUUUAUCCGAGGACAUGAUAGAAUGGGCCACAGAAAUUACAGAGACUCCCCAGUCUGUAUGCAGUGAAAGCUGUGGUCCUGGAUACAGAAAAUCCCUCCCAGAAGGAAAGGCGGCUUGUUGUUUUGUCUGCACUCCAUGCCCAGAGAAUGAGAUUUCCAAUGAGACGGAUGUGGAUCAGUGUGUGCAGUGUCUAGAUCAUCAAUAUGUCAACACAGAGCGAAACCACUGCCUCCAAAAGUCUAUGACCUUCCUGGAUUAUGACGACCCCCUGGGGAUAGGGCUGUCAUGCACGGCCUUGUGUUUCUCUGCACUGUCAGCUCUGGUUCUUGGGAUCUUUGUGAAGAAGCAAGACACUCCCAUUGUAAAGGCAAAUAACCGCACUCUCAGCUACAUCCUGCUCCUCACCCUUCACUUCUGCUUUCUCUGCCCUUUUCUCUUCAUUGGCCAUCCCAACACAGCCACUUGCAUCCUACAGCAGACCACAUUUGGAGUGCUGUUCACUGUAGCUGUCUCCACUGUCUUGGCCAAAACUAUUACUGUGGUUCUGGCUUAUAAGGUCACUGCUCCCGGAAGAAGAAUCAGGUGGUUGUUGGUAACACGGGCACCUAACUUCAUUGUUCCCAUCUGCACCUUCAUCCAAAUUGUCCUGUGUGGGGUCUGGCUGGGGAACUCUCCCCCCUUCGUUGACACUGACACACACUCUGAACAGGAACACAUUAUCGUUCUGUGCAACAACGGCUCUGUCACUGCUUUCUACUGCAUGCUGGGAUAUCUGGGAGCUCUGGCCUUGGGAAGCUUCACUGUGGCUUUCCUGGCCAGGAACCUGCCUGACACCUUCAAUGAAGCCAAGUUCCUGACCUUCAGCAUGCUGGUGUUCUGCAGUGUCUGGGUCACCUUCCUGCCUGUCUACCACAGCACCAAAGGGAAGGUCAUGGUGGCUGUGGAGGUCUUCUCCAUCUUGGCCUCCAGUGCAGGGCUUCUAGGGUGCAUCUUUGCCCCCAAGUGCUACAUCAUUUUGUUAAGACCAGAAAAGAACUCUAUUCAGGGUCUCAGGGACAAAAUACAUUAUAGGUCCAAGUCUUAA